AUGAGGCCCCGGGGGCUCCGGGCCGCGCUGCUGCUGCUGCUGGGUCACCUGUGGGCAGCGGCGACGCCCGCGCCCUCGCCCGCGCCGACGGGGUCCGGGGCGCAGCAGGAGGACGGCGGCGCGCUGGGCCCCGGGCGCGUGAAACGGGGCUGGGUGUGGAACCAGUUCUUCGUGGUGGAGGAGUACACGGGCACAGAGCCGCUGUACGUGGGCAAGAUCCACUCGGACUCGGACGAGGGCGAUGGGGCCAUCAAAUACACCAUCUCGGGCGAGGGCGCCGGCACCAUCUUCCUCAUCGAUGAGCUGACGGGCGACAUCCACGCCAUGGAGCGGCUGGACCGGGAGCAGAAGCCCCUGUACACGCUGCGGGCGCAGGCCCGGGACCGUGCCACCGACCGCCUGCUGGAGCCCGAGUCCGAGUUCGUCAUCAAGGUGCAGGACAUCAACGACAGCGAGCCCCGCUUCCUGCACGGCCCCUACAUCGGCAGCGUGGCCGAGCUGUCCCCCACAGGCACAUCGGUGAUGCAGGUGAUGGCCUCAGAUGCAGAUGACCCCACUUAUGGCAGCAGCGCUCGGCUGGUGUACAGCGUGCUGGACGGAGAGCAUCACUUCACCGUGGACCCCAAGACGGGUGUGAUCCGGACGGCCGUGCCCGACCUUGACCGGGAGAGCCAGGAGCGCUACGAGGUGGUGAUUCAGGCCACAGACAUGGCCGGCCAGCUGGGCGGCCUCUCAGGCUCCACGACCGUCACCAUCGUGGUCACCGACGUCAACGACAACCCGCCCCGCUUCCCGCAGAAGCUGUACCAGUUCACCAUCCAGGAGUCGGCCCCCAUCGGCACAGCCGUGGGCCGCGUGAAGGCCGAGGACUCGGACGUGGGCGAGAACACGGACAUGACCUACCACCUCAAGGAAGAGAGCGGCAGUGGCGGGCACGUGUUCAAGGUCACCACGGACAGCGACACGCAGGAGGCCGUCCUCAUUGUCCAGAAGCGCCUGGAUUUCGAGUCCCAGCCGGUGCACACCGUCGUCCUGGAGGCGCUCAACAAGUUCGUGGAGCCGCGCUUCGCCGACCUGGGCACCUUCCGCGACCAGGCCAUCGUGCGCGUGGCCGUGACCGACGUGGACGAGCCCCCCGAGUUCCGGCCGCCCUCCGGCCUCCUGGAGGUGCAGGAGGACGCGCAGGUGGGCUCCCUGGUCGGCGUGGUGACGGCGCGGGACCCCGACGCCGCCAACCGGCCCGUCCGGUACGCCAUCGACCGGGACUCGGACGUGGACCAAGUCUUCGAUAUCGAUGCGGACACGGGCGCCAUCGUGACGGGCAAGGGGCUGGACCGUGAGACCGCCGGCUGGCACAACAUCACAGUGCUGGCCAUGGAGGCAGACAACCACGCCCAGCUGUCCCGCGCCUCCCUCCGGAUCCGCAUCCUGGACGUGAACGACAAUCCCCCGGAGCUAGCCACACCCUACGAGGCGGCUGUGUGUGAAGACGCCAAGCCAGGCCAGCUCAUCCAGACCAUCAGCGUGGUGGACAGGGACGAGCCCCAGGGCGGCCACCGCUUCUACUUCCGCCUCGUGCCAGAGGCUCCCAGCAGCCCUCAUUUCUCUCUCCUCGACAUCCAAGACAACACGGCGGCCGUGCGCACGCAGCACCCGGGCUUCAACCGACAGGAGCAGGACGUGUUUCUGCUGCCCAUCCUGGUGAUGGACCGCGGGCCGCCCUCGCUGAGCAGCACAGGCACCCUCACCAUCCGCGUCUGCGGCUGCGACAGUGCCGGUGCCAUCCUGUCCUGCAACACCACCGCCUUCGUCAUGGCCGCCUCGCUGAGCCCUGGGGCGCUCAUCGCCCUGCUGGUGUGUGUCCUCAUCCUGGUCGUGCUGGUGCUGCUGAUCCUCACCCUGCGGCGCCACCACAAGAGCCACCUGAGCCCGGACGAGGACGAGGACAUGCGCGACAACGUCAUCAAGUACAACGACGAGGGCGGCGGCGAGCAGGACACGGAGGCCUACGACAUGUCGGCGCUGCGCAGCCUGUACGACCCGGGCGAGCUCAAGGGCGGCGGCGGCGGCGGCGCGGGCGGGCCGGGCGGGCCGGGCGGACCCGGCGGCGGCGCGGGGGGCGCACCCGGGGGCGCCCCCGGCGGCCACUCGCUGCCGCGGGCGCCGCACAGCCCCGGGCCCGACUUCGCGGCCUUCCGGGACUUCCUCGGCCGCCAGGUGGCGCUGGCGGACGCCGACCCCGCCGUGCCGCCCUACGACGCCUUCCAGACCUACGCCUUCGAGGGCGCGGGCUCGCCCGCCGCCUCGCUCAGCCCCCUGCACAGCGCCUCCUCCUCCUCCGAGCUGGACUUCGCGGGCCUGGGCGCCUGGGGCCCGCGCUUCCGCCCGCUGGCCGCGCUCUACGCCGCGCCGCCGCCGCCGCCGGGCAACGCCUCCUCCGGGCAGGCCUCCUAG